UCCAGCUCGAAGCCGUUACUCGACCGAGGAAAGCCGACGGCGUCACCGGGGAAAAGUCGCUCUCUCAGCGGUCACAGCAACCAGCCAGCCAGCCAGCCAGCCAGCCAGGCUCCUCCACCGGGUCGGAAAUGUUUCACCUUCGCUCCGCGCUAGUGCUCCGGGAGCUGCUCCAGAGCCCGCUGACGGGCAGAGCCAGAGCGGCCGCCGGCUGGAGCUUGGCCGGGAAGGACGGCGGGUCGCCGGGCUCCAGAGCUCCGCCGCGACCCGGCGCCGGCUCCAGGGGCUUCUGCUCCAAGGGAGACGGCCACAACGAUGCAAAGGACUCCGCCACGGAAAAGAGAAGGAAGGCGGGCAUCCUGCCCAGCCUGGAGGAUCUGCUCUUCUACACCAUCGCUGAGGGCCAGGAGAAGAUCCCCGCACACAAGUUCACCACCGCUCUUAAAGCGACAGGCCUUCGCACCGGAGACCCCCGGCUGAAGGAGUGCAUGGAGAUGCUGAAGGUGACGCUGAAGACCACCUCAGACGGAGCGCUGGACCGGCACCUCUUCAAGAAGUGUGUCCAGAGCAACAUCGUCCUGCUCACUCAGGCCUUCAGGAAGAAGUUCGUCAUCCCGGACUUCCAGCCGUUCUGCGCCCACAUCGACGAGCUCUACGAAAACGCCAAGAACCUGUCCGGAGGUCAGGUGGCUGACUACAUCCCCCAGCUGGCCCGCUUCAGCCCGGACCUGUGGGCCGUGGCGCUGUGCACCGUGGACGGGCAGAGGCACACCGUCGGCGACACCAAGGUCCCCUUCUGCCUGCAGUCGUGUGUGAAGCCGCUGAAGUACGCCAUCGCCGUGCACGACCACGGCACCGAGUACGUGCACCGCUUCAUCGGCAAGGAGCCCAGCGGCCUGCGCUUCAACAAGCUGUUCCUGAACGAGGACGACAAACCCCACAACCCCAUGGUCAACGCCGGCGCCAUCGUCUGCACCUCCCUCAUCAAGCAAGGAGCCAGCAACGCCGAGAAGUUCGACUACGUGAUGAACUUCAUGAACAAACUGGCGGGAAACGAGUAUGUGGGUUUCAGCAAUGCCACGUUCCAGUCGGAGCGCGAGUCUGGAGACAGGAACUUCGCCAUCGGCUACUACCUGAAGGAGAAGAAGUGUUUCCCAGAGGGGACAGACAUGACCUCCAUCCUGGACUUCUACUUCCAGCUGUGCUCCAUCGAGGUGACCUGCGAGAGUGCCAGCGUCAUGGCGGCCACGCUGGCCAACGGCGGCUUCUGCCCGAUCACGGGGGAACGUGUGCUGAGCCCCGAGGCGGUGCGGGACACGCUAAGCCUCAUGCACUCCUGCGGCAUGUACGACUUCUCCGGGCAGUUCGCCUUCCACGUGGGCCUGCCGGCCAAGUCGGGCGUGGCCGGGGGGAUCCUGCUGGUGGUUCCAAACGUGAUGGGCGUCAUGUGCUGGUCUCCUCCGCUGGACAAGCUGGGCAACAGCGUCAGGGGCAUCCAGUUCUGCACGGACCUGGUCUCCCUCUGCAACUUCCACAACUACGACAACCUGAGGCACUUCGCAAAAAAGCUGGACCCUCGCAGGGAGGGCGGCGACCAGAGGGUGAAGUCGGUGAUCAACCUGCUGUUCGCGGCGUACACCGGGGACGUGUCGGCGCUGAGGAGGUUUGCGUUGUCCUCCAUGGACAUGGAGCAGAGGGACUACGACUCCCGGACGGCGCUGCACGUGGCGGCGGCUGAAGGACACGGGGAGGUGGUCCGGUUCCUGCUGGAGGCCUGUAAGGUCAACCCCAUUCCCAAAGACAGGUGGGGCAACACCCCCAUGGACGAGGCUGUGCACUUCGGCCACCACGACGUGGUGACCAUCCUGCGUGACUACCACACCCAGUUCCCGGCGGACAGCGGCACCGCCAAGCAGAGCGCCGACAACCUGGACGGGAUGCUGUGAUGGGCGCGGCCAGCGCGGCAGGACGCCGGAGGACUCCGAGGUCGGACUGGGGGGGGGCUCGGCCUGAGCGGCGUCAGAACUCACGCACACCAAAGGAUUCAUAAACCCCAGUAAUCACCUUAGAACAACGACCCCUGAACGGCCCCUAAACGCCGCCGCCGGUCCUGCGGCGCCGCUCCUCGUAGAUGUCGUUGGUGUGUAUCCCAUAAUAUAUCAGUAUUUUUACCUCCUCCUCCUGGAUGCUGGCGGCGGACGAGUGACGGCGCUUGACUGCACUAGUUUUAUUGUGAAGAGACGAAACAGGAAGCAGUAGGCGCGUCGGGCGGCGCCAAGCCCUCCUCUUCAUCGUCACGGCGAUGCAGCCGUCCAUGUGAUGUGUUUUCCCGUUUGUAAGAUGAGCUGUCCAUGAGUGUGUGACCUGUGACCCCCCCCUUCCCCCGGCCGGGUCUCCGUGAGGACGGGGCCGAUGCGAGCUGUUGUUUCACCAUCGCUGAAGGAGUUUGUACAUAUCAGACGCGACACUGCCAGACCGUAAGAAACAAGGAAACCGACGCUCGCCCCGGUCUUUAACCCCCCCCCCCACCCGCAACCCGGGUCAGGACCCUGUAGACCUCACCUUCACCUUCACCUUCACCUCAGAACCCAAUCCACUCCAAACGUUCAUUUAGCUUCAAAAUUCUCCCUUUUACUCACUUUUCCCAAACUUCCUCAAUCAGUUAGUUCACCUGCAAGUUGCACUUUAAGAAGAAAAUAAGAGACAAUAGUAAUAAGACGAGUUGUUCUGAUAUCAUUUUGGCAAUACUACCUUAAAACGCGGUGUUCUCAGUGGUGGAUAAAUCUGACAUCAUGUUGCUACGUUAUGGUUACGCUUGUUAUCCCGGAGGUUUAGAGCAAGCGUUGCUAUAAAUAACAUCAGGAACCUUAUUAGCCAUUUAAAGUUACGUUUUUGUCGCAAUUUGCUGAAAUUAUCACUAUUUUCCGAUGAUUUGCCAUCAACUGGGCAGUUUUGAGAAACGAGUCGGCUCCUUUAACGAGUAAUCCCGUUUCCACGUCUCCUCCAAUCACAGCCAGGGGGCGUGUUCUUCAGCUGUCAAUCACAGACAGCUCCCUGCCCCCGUUCCAUCGCUGACGUACACUCAGGUAUCUGCUCUGUGAUGGUUUCCAUGGUAACGUAGAGCUCCAGGGCGGCAGGGGGGGGAGCUUCAGCGUUGUAUUAGCCGGUUACUGGACUUUAUGAAGACCCGUCAGGUGAAAGGGGAGAGGAGAAAGAUGGAAAAGUUGCCGUAGAAACCGGAAACCGGACCGAUGAGGGAAAAGCUGCAGCUGUGACUUUAACGCAACAUCUGGAGCAGCGGCCCGGUUUCCAGGUCAGAAUUAAACUCUGGACCUUCUCGUAUUCAUGUUCCCACGCGUGACCCGGUGAGUUCUGACUGAUUUAUGACCAGCGUUCGGACUUUAAAUUUAAUUCCUGGAUUUUUUUUUAUUCAGUUUUUUUAUUAAUUUAUUGUUUUAUUUGAUGUGAAAAGAGUAAUUGUUGAAUGUAUUAUUUGAAAAAAGACAAUACUAGUAUCGGAUCAGUACUCUGUAUCUCUUGACGCUGCUCCGACCGGUUCUGCUCCGGUUUAUGGUCGGAGCGUGGGGGGAUGUCACCGGCCCGCUGGGUUUAAAGCUGUCCAUGAAACCACAGGUGGAGGUUGUUCUCCAGAACCAGAACCUGAGGUCCAAAUUGAAGAACUAGAACGGUUUUAUUUUUACUUUGUGAACAGAUGUGACUCCAACAGUUUCAGUUGAUACACAAACCUUUCCUCCCUGCUGGAGACGCCAGCUUCACGUAUAAAUGACUCUUAGGGGAAGGGAUGAGACCCGGUUCUGGUUCAGACGGAAUAACAUUCACAUUUCGACCAAAUAGCAUCAGGAUUGAGUGUUUAGUGUGAGUGAGAUGAAUACGGAGCACUCAGGUGGGCCGUGUAACCGGGCCGUGCAGGAGAAUCUGAAUACUCUCGUUGUCGUGUGUCGUCCUGGAUGUGGUUUUUAAGAAUCCACAAGGAACUCUUCGGGGUUCCGGCUGAAACCGGUUCCUCCAGGUCCAGAUGGGGGGUUUGUGCAGGACUCGGGGCUCGGGGCCGUCAGGAGGGUUGGAGGACCUGCAGCAGUUUGGAUGGAAGUAUUCUGAAUGUAACGUGUUUGAUGUUUCUUCUUCAUGUGUUUUUAAGCUGCUGCGACGCAGACAGUCCAGAUGUUAUUCACCAACAAAUAUAUACGUUUAAUAAACAUUUAAAAACAUGAACAA